UCUCUCUCCUCUCGUUACAAAAAAGAUCUACUAAUUCCUUGGCUAAAAUUCCCCAGUUUCCCUCAAAAAAUUCAUCAAAAUUUUCAAUUAAAUUUGUUCGAGCUAGAUUACUAGCAUAGAGAUUUUGGUAAUAUGGAAACUCAACCAUUAAUUGAAGAAUUUCAUGGUCGAAAUAUUGAUAAACGACCCCGAAAACGACCUCGUUUAACAUGGGAUGUUGGUCCUCUAAUCCCACCAAUUCAACCUCCAAUUCCACCAAUUUCCAAGAGUUGCCUGGUACCUGUUGCUAGUGGAAGGUGGCAGGUAUCCGUGGAUUUAGUCGAGGUUCUUCCAACAAUAUAUUGUGGGCAAGAGUUUGGAAAUGGAGCAGGGCUGAAUUAUGCUUAUUCUUCAAUAUAUUACAAAGGGAUCCCUCAUAAUGGAUCUCCUCCGCGGAGACCGGAUGAUAAAGAUGGCCACUAUGUGUUUUCCAUUGGGGAGAACUUAACUCCUCGCUAUAGGAUACUUAGCAAAAUGGGGGAAGGAACUUUUGGACGAGUCCUUGAAUGCCUCGACAAUGAAACAAAGGAACUUGUGGCAAUUAAAGUUGUUCGUUCAAUACAUAAAUAUCGAGAAGCAGCAAUGAUUGAGAUAAACGUUCUACAGAAACUUGUCAGGCACGAUCUUGGUGGCAAAUGUUGUGUGCAAAUAAGGAAUUGGUUUGACUAUCGUAAUCAUAUAUGUAUUGUUUUUGAGAAGCUUGGUCCAAGCUUAUACGAUUUUCUUCGCAAAAACAGCUAUCGUUCAUUUCCCAUUGAUCUUGUCCGGGAGUUUGGAAGACAACUUUUGGAGUCUGUAGCAUUUAUGCAUGAUCUGCGACUGAUUCACACUGAUCUGAAGCCAGAAAAUAUUCUCCUUGUUUCGUCUGAGUACGUUAAAGUUCCAGAUUACAAGUUCCUGCUGCGACCUGCAAAAGAUGGUUCCUACUUAAAGAAUGUACCAAAGUCAAGUGCUAUUAAGCUCAUUGACUUCGGCAGUACAACAUUUGAACAUCAGGAUCAUACUUAUGUGGUGUCUACACGUCAUUACCGUGCUCCAGAAGUUAUCUUAGGUCUUGGAUGGAACUAUCCCUGUGAUAUGUGGAGUGUAGGUUGCAUACUUGUUGAGCUUUGCUCUGGUGAAGCUCUUUUUCAAACACAUGAGAACUUGGAGCAUCUUGCAAUGAUGGAAAAGGUGCUAGGGCCUCUUCCUCAGCACAUGGCUGUGAGAGCUGACCGCCGUGCUGAGAAAUAUUUUAGAAGGGGUGCAAGGUUGGAUUGGCCAGAACGUGCAACUUCAAGUGAAAGUAUGAGGGCAGUCUGGAAAUUGCCUCGUCUCCCGAACCUGAUAAUGCAGCAUGUGGAUCACUCUGCCGGAGAUCUCAUUGAUCUUUUGCAAGGACUGCUUUGUUAUGACCCAACAAAACGGCUGAAAGCUAGAGAAGCAUUACGGCACCCCUUCUUCAGUAGAGACCUGAGAAGGUGUGGUUAUCCUAUGUAAUUGACAACCUUAAUUUUCAUGUGUGUUUCAGUUUAAAAGAUGUGUGAAUGAGCCCUUGUAAUGAAAUAUCCUCUUCUCUCUUUC